CUCGCCGGCUCCCCGCCUCCUUCCUCUCUGUCUGGACGGGGAUGCUCUGGCGCGGCGGCCCCUCGCCUAAGAGGAGGCGGUAGACGCGGCCGGAGAAGAUGUCGGGCCAAACGCUCACGGAUCGGAUCGCCGCCGCUCAGUACAGCGUGACAGGCUCCGCUGUGGCGAGAGCGGUCUGCAAAGCCACCACUCAUGAAGUGAUGGGCCCCAAGAAAAAGCACCUGGACUAUUUGAUCCAGGCUACCAAUGAGACCAAUGUUAAUAUUCCUCAGAUGGCUGACACGCUCUUUGAGCGGGCAACAAACAGUAGCUGGGUGGUUGUAUUUAAAGCUUUAGUCACAACACAUCAUCUCAUGGUGCAUGGAAAUGAGAGAUUUAUUCAGUAUUUAGCCUCUAGGAAUACAUUGUUCAAUCUCAGCAAUUUUUUGGACAAAAGUGGAUCUCAUGGUUAUGAUAUGUCUACCUUCAUAAGGCGCUAUAGUAGAUAUUUGAAUGAAAAGGCUUUCUCUUACAGACAGAUGGCAUUUGACUUUGCCAGAGUGAAGAAAGGGGCUGAUGGUGUAAUGAGGACAAUGGCUCCCGAGAAGCUACUAAAGAGUAUGCCAAUACUGCAGGGACAAAUUGAUGCACUGCUUGAAUUUGAUGUGCAUCCAAAUGAACUAACAAAUGGCGUCAUAAAUGCUGCAUUUAUGCUUCUUUUCAAAGAUCUAAUCAAACUUUUUGCUUGCUACAAUGAUGGAGUUAUUAACUUACUUGAAAAGUUUUUUGAAAUGAAGAAAGGACAAUGCAAAGAUGCUCUAGAAAUUUACAAACGAUUUCUAACCAGAAUGACACGAGUGUCUGAAUUUCUCAAAGUUGCAGAGCAAGUUGGUAUUGAUAAAGGUGACAUUCCUGACCUCACACAGGCUCCCAGCAGUCUUAUGGAGACCCUUGAGCAGCAUCUAAAUACCUUAGAAGGAAAGAAACCUGGAAACAAAUCUGGUGCUCCCUCUCCAUUAAGUAAGUCUUCUCCAGCCACAACUGUUACGUCUCCUAAUUCUACACCAGCUAAAACUAUUGACACAUCCCCACCGGUUGAUUUAUUUGCAACUGCAUCUGCGGCUGUGCCCAUCAGCACUUCCAAACCAUCUAGUGAUCUCCUGGACCUCCAGCCAGACUUUUCUGGAGGGGCUGCAGCAGCUGCAGCACCAGCACCAGCACCACCUUCUGGAGGAGCCACUGCAUGGGGAGAUUCUUUGGCUGCACUUUCCUCUGUUCCCACUGAAGCACAGAUUUCAGAUCCGUUUGCACCAGAACUUACCCCUCCUACUACAACGGCUGAAAUUGCAACUGCUUCAGCUUCUGCCUCAACUACUACCACUGUCACUGCUGUCACAGCUGAAGUGGAUCUCUUUGGAGAUGCCUUUGCAGCUUCUCCUGGGGAGGCCCCUGCAGCAUCCGAAGGGGCCGCCGCACCAGCUACCCCAACCCCCGUAGCAGCAGCACUUGAUGCAUGUUCAGGAAAUGACCCUUUUGCCCCGUCUGAAGGUAGUGCAGAGGCUGCACCCGAGCUGGACCUCUUUGCAAUGAAGCCACCUGAGACCAGUGCUCCUGUAGUUACCCCUACAGCUAGCACAGCCCCUCCGGUUCCCGCCACUGCUCCUUCUCCUGCUCCCGCCGUUGCAGCUGCCACUGCUGCCACUACCGCUGCCACCACCACCGCCGCUGCAACCACUGCCACCACCUCAGCCACCACCACCACCGCUCCUCCUGCUCUAGAUAUCUUUGGUGAUUUAUUUGAGGCUGCUCCUGAAGUCGCCGCAGCGCCUAAGCCAGAUGCUGCUCCUAGCAUAGACCUGUUUGGUACAGAUGCUUUCUCCUCUCCACCACAAGGGGCCUCUCCUGUCCCUGAGAGUUCUCUCACUGCUGACCUCCUAUCCGGAUUUGGGGGCUCAUUCAUGGCCCCUUCUCCAUCACCAGUGACUCCAGCUCAGAAUAACCUGCUACAGCCCAAUUUUGAGGCAGCUUUUGGAACAACGCCUUCAACUUCAAGCAGCAGCUCCUUUGAUCCAUCAGUGUUUGAUGGUCUAGGUGAUCUUCUGAUGCCAACCAUGGCACCAACUGGGCAGCCUGCACCCAUCUCAAUGGUACCACCCAGUCCUGCAAUGGCAGCAAGCAAACCACUUGGGAGUGAUCUUGACUCAUCUCUUGCCAGCUUAGUAGGCAAUCUUGGAAUUUCUGGUACCACAUCCAAAAAGGGCGAUCUUCAGUGGAAUGCUGGGGAGAAAAAGUUGACUGGAGGAGCCAACUGGCAGCCAAAAGUAGCCCCAGCAACCUGGUCAGCGGGUGUCCCACCAAGCACGCCUUUGAAAGAUUGGGCAUUUUUCUAUUGUCAAGGAGCUGUACCUCCAACGAGCUCAGUUCCUCCUGUUGCCGGGGCCCCAUCUGUCGGACAACCUGGAGCAGGGUUUGGAAUGCCCCCUGCUGGGUCGGGCAUGCCCAUGAUGCCUCAGCAGCCAGUCAUGUUUGCACAGCCCAUGAUGAGGCCACCCUUUGGAGCAGCAGCUGUCCCUGGCACACAGCUGCAAUUUUUUGUGACUGAAUAGAAAAAAAAUUAAUGAGUUUGGAGACUUCAAAUAAGAUUGAUGCUCAGAGUUUCAAAGUGAGCCACCAGUACCAAACCCAAUGCUUACUCAUAACUUCUCUUCCAAAAUGUGUAGCACAGCUGUGAAAGUGAACAUUAGGAAUGUGUACUACCUUAGCUGUUAUCCCUACUCUCAAAAUUGUAGUGUAUUUGGGUUAUUUGUGUGUUGUACGAUGUAAACAAUGAAUGGAUGUUCCUGAUGCCUUUAGUGCUUUUCUGGACCUCGCCUGUGGACGGAUGAUGCAGCUGUUGUAUGGUGAGCCAUUUGGAAAGAUGUGUCUGUGUUUUUUGAAGGUUUCAAUGUAUAUAUAACUUUUGGACAAACCUAAACUCUCCCCCCUAAAUUCUCUUUUCUUCUGUAUUUCUCUUACAAACAUAGUAUGAUAAUAUCAGAUAGUGAAGAAAACACUCUUAACUAUACAAAACUUUUUUCGGUGUGGAGUACAUUUUUUCCAAUCACAGGAACUUCAACUGUUGUGAGAAAUGUUUAUUUUUGUGGCACUGUAUAUGUUAAGAUAUUUUAUUUUAAAAAAUAUAAAGGUUAAUGUCCAUAAUAAAUAUUUCUCCUUGAAGCUACCUUAUCAAGAAUGAAAAAUCUUAUGGAAAGAAUUCCAUAUUUAAUCACUACUAUAUUAAAAUAUAUAUUUUAAUUAUAUUUGACAGGUUUUACAUCUAAAUUGACCUAUUUAUUCAUUCUUGAUUAAAUGCACUGAAAAGUAAAGGGUUCAUUUCUAUCCAGUUCUAUCGUGAAAAUGCAAAUAGAAUUAUGCUAUUCAAGUGAUUAUGAAGGCACCCCAAGGUAUAUCUGUAAUUUAAAGAUUACUACAGAUAUUUUUAUUUUAUUGUGGGUUUUAUGUACAUCUGUUCAUUUAGUAUUUUUUUGUGUGUUCUGUAGACUAGUGUUCCUCCAUCCCUCAACUGAGCACAAAGUAGGUUUUGUUGUACCAUUGUGAUUAGAAUUUAAACUAAUUCAGAGAAUUGUAUCCUUUACUGUACAUACUGUAUUUUUUAAUUUUUAAUUUGUUGUCAUACUGUCUGUGCUGAUGGCUUGGCUUAAGAUUUUGAUGCAUAAAUGAGGUCACUGUUGAUCAGUGUUGCUAGUGGCUUGGCAGCUCUUUGUUAAAGCAUAUUGGGUUGGAAAGGUGUUUGCCUAAUUUUCAAAUUAUUUAAUAGAUGUAUGGUACCAUU